UCUGUCAGCCGUUUCUGGACCUGCGCAUGUGGACUGAACCGGACUUUUAAAGAUGAGUGUUUUCGAGGCGUGGUACAUGGAUGAAGAGUCCGGAGAGGACCAGAGACUCCCGCACAGACUGAGCCCGAAUCAGCCCGUCAGCGUCCAGCAGCUGGAGCACAUCGGAGUCUUUCACUGGAAGCUGAAUGCUGAUAUCUAUGAAGAUGACCCCGAACUGCAGAAGAUCCGAGAGGAAAAGGGUUAUUCCUUUACGGACAUCAUAACCAUUCACCCAGACAAACUGCCUGAUUACCAAAACAAACUGAAAAUGUUUUACGAGGAGCACCUCCACCUCGAUGACGAGAUCCGUUAUAUUCUGGAAGGAUCCUCUUAUUUUGACGUACGGGACGAAGGCGACCGUUGGAUCCGAAUAGCAGUGUCUAAAGGCGACCUCAUCACUUUACCGGCUGGAAUUUACCACAGAUUCACCGUGGAUGAAAGCAACUUCACUAAAGCCAUGCGUCUGUUUGUGGGUGAACCCGUCUGGAAGGCCUACAACCGUCCAGCCGAUGACUUUGACGUCCGCAAGGAAUACGUGAACUCGCUGAGAAGCUCCUGAAAUGCUUGAUGGGAUUGAUUUAGUGCUGAGAAUCAGACUCUGCGGUGCCUUUAACAGACAAUCAGCAGUAGUAGAGCUAACAUGUCAUUACUCGUCAUCAAGACAUACCUGAUUUUGCCAUUAUUAAAGAGUGUAAUGAUCAUUA